CCAAUCGGGUGCAACUGAAUGAUGACGCUGUAGAUAUCUUAAAUACUCCCAAUUUCAUGAAAACGGACACACACAUCCACUUUCAUCACAAACUCAAAUCUCGAAAACUCUACUUCUGAGCAUUGAUCCCCUAUACUACCUAGUCAACACCUGAAUCUAACAGUAAAGGAACAUGACUCGCUCAAUCUUCAAGCAUAUUGACCCAACCUCCUACACGGGCAAGCCGUGGGGCAAAGUCGAUGGUCCAGGUCGCUCAUUCAAACUACUUGACCACGAACGCCCUGUGAACAACAUUCGCGGCCGUGAGUCCGAAUUCACCACCGAGAACUCCGGAUUCGAAGUCCUCACAAAGCCCGCCACCGAGAAGCUCUUCACCAACGAAGAGGCAGUCCGCACCGGCUACUACGCCGAAGUUGAGACUCUCCUUAAAGAGCACCUGCCCGGGGUCAAGAAGGUUGUCAUCUUUGACCACACCAUCCGCCGCCGCACAAAGGACGCCCCGAGGCAACCUGUGCAGAAUGUCCAUGUUGACCAGACGCCCGAUGCGGCUGACACACGUGUACGACGGCACUGCGGUGAUGAAGCGGAGGAGUUGUUAAAGAACCGCUACUCUCUCAUUAACGUAUGGCGCCCGAUCGAGAAUCCCGCAUCCGACUUCCCGCUUGCUGUCAUCGACUGGCGAACGACUAGUCCGUCAGACUUUAUCAAGGUCGACCUAAUGUAUCCCAAGCGUGAGGACAGCGUUGUCGACGAUGACGACCGGGGCAAGGAGAAGCUUGCUGACCCGAGCAGCUGGGAGACCACCGAAGGCUACGAGGUCAAGGGCGAGACACUAGCCGUCGCGGGGAGUGACAAGCAUCAGUUCUACUAUGAGAAGGACAUGACUCCUGAUCAGGUGAUGCUUCUCAAGUGCUAUGAUAGCCAUGGUGAUGGCAGGCCAGGAGGCAAAGCCGGAAGGGCUCUGCGAACACCGCAUACCGCAUUUGUUGACCCUGAAACACCAACAGAUGCGCCUGGAAGGCAGUCGAUUGAGGUUCGUUGCUUAGUCUUCUACGAGGAAGGCUACUGAGGUGCGCGAACGUCACUCUAGAAGAGAGAUCUGUUCUGAUUGCCCCAUUCCGUGGUGGUGUUGAUCUGAGCCUGUAAACCUGUUGAUUUAGUAUAUUAUAGUCGUAUUAGCCUACCAUUAGUCUUUCCUUCGAGAACGAAUCUUUUGUUUAAGUACACCUGAGCCGAUA